UGCUCCGCGGCACUGAGGCAGCUGAGUCACACAUACAUGUAGACCCUGAUAAAUACAUACCGUGCGAAAAAGAGCGGCUACAGUCGAGAAACUAUCGUCAGUACAUUCAUUUUUGACUACAGCUGCAUCUGACACCGCGUCGAAAGAUGCUGACGAUAACAUUGAAGACCCUCCAACAGCAGACGUUCAAAAUAGAUAUAGACCCACAAUUGACGGUGAAAGCCCUGAAGGAGAAAAUAGAGGAGGACAGAGGAAAAGAUGCAUUUCCUGCUGCAGGGCAAAAACUCAUCUAUGCAGGCAAAAUCUUGAAUGAUGACACCUCGCUGCAAGAGUACAAAAUCGAUGAGAAAAACUUUGUGGUGGUCAUGGUUACAAAGCCUAAACCAGCCCCUCCUCCACAAGCUGCCCCUAAGCUGACUCCCCUAUCAGCUGCAGCUCCAGCACCGCCCUCAUCCUCAGUCCCAACACCAGCCUCUGACCCAACACAAGUGCCCUCCACACCGACACAUACAGUGCCUGCACCCACACCUGCCCCACAGUCAGUGCCUCCUUCUGAAGCUCAGCCCGCAGCCCCAGAAAACACCCCAUUAACUUCUCCUGAAGAAACCGCAGCUCUGGACUCAAACACAGCCCCAAACGCAGCUCCAGGAUCGGCCUCAGCUGCUACCCCAGCCCCUGCCUCCACCCCAGCCCCUGCCCCAGCUCCAGCUCCAGAACCAGCCCCUGAAGCUGGUCAGACAGCCCCGGCAGACUGCUCCACCCCUGCUGUCCAGCCAGAGGAGAAGCCAAGGGAAGAUCCUGAGAAUCAACCAUGCGCCACUGCACCAGUCCACUCCUCUGCUUCCAGCCUCGUUGAUGAACUGGGCCUCCUUGAGGAAGCAGCGUCAAUACUAGUGACAGGUCAGGCCUAUGAGAACCUGGUGUCAGAGAUCAUGUCUAUGGGUUAUGAACGAGAGCAGGUAGUCUCUGCACUCAGAGCUAGUUACAACAACCCGGACCGAGCAGUGGAGUAUCUACUCAUGGGUAUUCCAGCAGAGGCCACUGAUCUGCUACCUCAGGAACCAGUCAGACACAGUGCUCCAUCCAACCCCCCUGUCCCUGCUACACAACAACCACAGCAGCCCCCAGCAGCCUCCACCACAGGGCCAGUGUCUGCAAACCAGCCUCCGUCUGCAGGUGGAGGCUCUCUCCCUACCGGGAACCCUCUGGAGUUCCUGAGGAACCAGCCUCAGUUCCAGCAGAUGAGACAGAUCAUUCAGCAGAACCCGGCUCUUCUACCAGCCCUGCUGCAGCAGCUGGGCCGAGACAACCCACAGCUACUGCAGCAAAUCACGCAGCACCAGGAGCGCUUUGUCCAGAUGCUGAACGAGCCACGUGGUGGAGACACUGGAGGGGAGGGAGCCGAGGCCCAGGGCUCACGACAAACCAACUACAUCCAGGUCACCCCACAGGAGAAGGAGGCCAUUGAGAGGUUAAAAGCGCUGGGCUUCCCUGAAGGCUUAGUCAUCCAGGCUUACUUUGCCUGCGAAAAGAAUGAAAACCUGGCUGCGAACUUCCUGCUACAGCAAACAUGGGACGAUGAGUAACCAAACAUCACCCCGACACAUCACCGUUCAACAGAGGGGUCGCAGAGAAGGGAUGACAGUGCCACACAAGAUCCACCAAGGACGGAAGAUAACGAGGACAGGAGAGGAAGGGGAUAUUUCUUUUCACACCAUGUGACUGUGUGAUGACAUGCCAUUCAAAGUUCGCUGUGCUGCCUACUCUCCAUUCAGCUGUGAUGAUCAUCAUAGGAGUUAACACUGAGCUUCGCCUCACUGCUGUUACAUCAUUACUGCUGCCGCUUGUGCCGAGUGAUCACACCGCAAGAAGUAAUGUCAGGAAUUAUGUCAACAGUCUGCAUCACCUUCACCGGAUCCUCCUCCGUGCUCGGCAUCGGAGGCUGCCUGUAGACAGUGUGUGAGAAGGAGACGACUCACAAGAAGGCUUCAACUGUACACAUACACCACAGAGUUUACUGUAGUGUAUAUGUACACAACAAAACAAAUUCCCAACGUGUCUGUUUGCCAACCCUCCAUGAUGGAUUUACCUGAAAAUGUGAUGCAAACUGUUGACUUCACUGUUUGAGAGCUAGCAUUGCUUUAUAUUAAAGUUUUAGGUCUGAUCAUUUAAUUUCUUCUACUUCUUUUAUCUUUGGAAAAAAAAAAUCCUAAACACUGAUGAAAUGUCUUCUUCAGGUGAUGUUUUGACCUUUCAUGAAUCAUGCAGAUGUGGUUCUGUGGUUCUGUCCAUGGAUAAUGAAAUCUGCAAGAUGAUUGAAAUAACUGAAGGAGUAUUUGAAACUUUGGAAAAGUGAAAAUGUGUUUUUCUACACCUAGGAUAUUUUUUCAAGGGUGAAGUGAAUACAUGAAACUGCUAUGGAAGCCCAUCCCAGCCAGAAAAAGAAAAAAAGAUGAAAUGUUAGAAAUGGCGUAGAUGAAAAAGUCAAAAUUAUGAGACACUUUUAAUUAGAAGAUAGUAAGUGAUUUUUUUUAGGAAGUCAUCAUUUUGAGAAAGUCAGAAUUUUAAAUGAUCAAUUUGGAGUUUGUUUUUUGUUUUGGAGCAAAUGGGCUUCUAUAAGCUAUA